AUGCGGCAACUGGACAUCUUGACCAAAAUUCUCAAAGUAUACAUAUAUUUCGAGGGUUUACACACGGAUAUGCUGUACAUGAAUUGUGUUUGCAUAUUAAAAGCUUGUUUUAAGCAAGUCAAUGACAGUUUGGCGAAUCUGGGACACCUCAAUGCAAAUAGUAUACCAUACCUAAUAGAUACCAAUCACGAGCAGAGAAAUCUAUUCCUACUGAUGCAACUCCAGAUUCUGAAAAAGCAACAUAUGGCAAUUAGCAACACAGUACAGACACUGAACGUAAACUUUUGUUUGCCAGUUCUUACUACGAUAGUUAAAACCUUCACUCAAAUCACUUUAAUCUUGUACUAUUACGCAUCGCAAGUACAAAAGCACGAUGUAUCUAAGGGCAAUCUAGAAAAACAGAAUUAUCAAGAACACCUUAUUAUCGUAUCUGUAGCAUAUUAUUUUAUAAAGAUAGCAUUGAUAGUAUGGGCUUGCGAAACUGGCAAGAACCAAGCUAUAGAUAUUCGUACCACCAUUCACGACGUGUUUAACAGCACCAGCGAUAAGGAAAUAAAAUACGAGGUAGAUUAG